CUGCAGGCGAGAGUGGAGACGACGGUCUUCAGUAUCAAAUUAGCAAAUCAAUGGAGGCUUGCAGGUUGAUGCACCCCACGACCUCGACAGCUCUCUUCAGAAGCGUAAGACCAUUGAAUUCAAAGCUCUCACAGUCCAUUCUGCGUUCGCCCACAAUGUUACACACAGCUGGAGGUUCGGGUAGGAGGGCGUAUGAUGCAUUGCUGUUGGACGCCGGAGGCACGCUUCUGCAGUUGGCAAAGCCCGUUGCAGAGACUUAUGCAGCUAUCGGGAGGAAAUAUGGUCUGAAUGCAACUGUUGGUGAGAUAAAGCAAGGAUUUAAGAGAGCAUUUUCAGCUCCAUGGCCAGAGAAGCUUCGUUAUCAGGGAGAUGGACGACCGUUUUGGAGGCUUAUUGUUUCUGAAGCAACAGGUUGCUCGGAUGACAAUUAUUUUGAAGAAGUAUAUGAGUACUUCGCAAAUGGUGAUGCAUGGCGUCUUCCUAGUUCAGCAUAUGAAACAUUAUGCCUUCUCAAAGAUGCUGGAGUUAAGUUGGCUGUUGUCUCCAAUUUUGACACCCGCUUGAGGGGACUGUUGAAGGACCUCAAUGUUGUAGAUCUGUUUGAUGCGAUUAUUGUAUCUUCAGAGGUUGGAUAUGAAAAACCAGAUGCCCAAAUCUUCAGAGCUACUUUAGAUCACAUCUGUGUGGAAGCUGGCAAAGCAGUACAUGUUGGAGAUGAUGAAGAAGCUGAUAAGGUUGGAGCCAAUGCCAUUGGAAUCGAUUGCUGGUUGUGGGGUUCAGAUGUGAAGACCUUUGUAGAGAUAAGAGACUGCAUCCUCAGACCAGACCCAUAAGCUUCUACUGAGUUUCAAGUUUUGUGUUCCCAGCAUGCUAUCUGUCAAACACUGUCUUCCAUCAAUGUUGCGUGGUUUCUGAUGAGCUCUAAUUAAGACACAUCCGGCCAAAGAAUAAAAUAAA